UUCUCUAAGCGGCAUCUGUUGUACACAGCAAUUGAGCAGUAGCGGUUUUAUCUAGAGUUGUAUAAGAGCGCGCGUUAAUAUAGAAAUCAGUGGUACAUCACACAUAUCAGGUGUUUCCCCGGAUUUAGUAUCAGACCGGCCUUAAAGCUAACUUAACUCAAGUGAUCGAGUUGCUUAAUCCCGUGUUGUGAGUGUUGAGCGCUUAAGGGAACAAGUCCUCCUCCCUCAUUUUUUUUGUGAUGAGCUGACAACAUAUUACCUGAACAAACCCGCUGGCCAAAAUUAGAAUGAGAAAUGGCCAACAGAAAAGAGCCGGAAUCCCACGACUGCCUGAAGAACACGUUCCACUUAAACAGACAUGAGGAAAUCGAACUACCACCAAUAGCCAAUGUGGUAAACUCCAUAAACCAAAUUCAGUUUAUGAAAAGCAGCAGCUUACCUGAAAGGGGAACAUGGGGUAGCAAAUUAGACUUUAUAUUAUCAGUAGUGGGCUUAGCCAUAGGUUUAGGAAAUGUUUGGCGGUUUCCUUACUUAUGUUACAAAAAUGGUGGCGGUGCGUUUUUGGUGCCGUAUUUUAUUACACUUAUAUUAGCGGGAAUUCCAAUGUUUUUCAUGGAACUUGCAUUAGGACAAAUGAUGACAAUUGGUGGUUUAGGUGUUUUCAAAAUCGCACCUAUAUUUAAGGGUAUCGGGUAUGCAGCAGCUGUGAUGUCAUGUUGGAUGAACAUCUACUAUAUUGUGAUUUUAGCCUGGGCAAUAUUUUACUUCUUCAUGUCUCUUCGAGCAGAUGUUCCAUGGAGAACCUGCAGCAACUAUUGGAAUACCAAGUUUUGCGUAAACCCUUACGACAGAAGCGCUUUAACUUGUUGGGAACAAUACAGCAGUUUCAAUAGUAGCGUAUACAAAGUGUGUUCACUUAACAGAAACAAUGUUACCAUCAACCAGUUGACGGAUCCGGUCAAGGAAUUCUGGGAGAGAAGAGCUCUUCAAAUAUCAGACGGGAUCGAACAUGUUGGUUCAAUAAGGUGGGAACUCGCUGGAACGUUACUUCUUGUUUGGAUCAUCUGCUAUUUCUGUAUCUGGAAAGGAGUAAAGUGGACAGGAAAAGUGGUAUACUUUACUGCUUUGUUUCCUUACGUUCUACUUACCAUUUUACUGAUACGAGGAGUAACUUUACCUGGAGCCAUGGAAGGCAUUAAAUUUUAUAUAAUGCCUAACGUAUAUAAACUUAGUGAAUCACAAGUGUGGAUAGACGCUGUAACGCAAAUUUUCUUCUCUUAUGGGCUUGGUCUUGGCACCUUAGUAGCACUGGGAAGUUACAAUAAAUUUAACAACAAUGUUUACAAGGAUGCAUUAAUAGUAUGUGCAGUAAAUUCUAGUACUAGCAUGUUUGCUGGUUUUGUCAUAUUCUCAGUAGUCGGCUUUAUGGCUCAUGAACAGCAGAAACCUGUAGCAGAAGUUGCUGCAUCAGGUCCUGGUCUAGCUUUCCUGGCGUACCCAUCAGCAGUACUACAAUUACCAGGAUCUCCGCUAUGGGCAUGCCUGUUCUUUCUUAUGAUUCUACUAAUUGGUUUAGAUUCCCAAUUCUGUACAAUGGAAGGGUUUGUUACAGCUAUUAUUGACGAAUGGCCCAAGGCUCUGCGAAAAAGGAAAGAAAUAUUCAUCGCCUUCGUGUGCUUAAUAAGCUAUUUAGUCGGAUUAACGUGUAUAUCACAGGGUGGAAUGUACGUGUUUCAAAUUCUGGACUCUUACGCAGUUAGUGGUUUCAGCUUACUGUUUUUGAUAUUCUUCGAAUGCAUAGCGGUAUCGUGGGCGUUUGGUGUUAAUCGGUUCUAUGAUGGGAUUAAGGAGAUGAUUGGAUAUUACCCUACUUCGUGGUGGAAGUUUUGUUGGAUUGUGGCAACUCCCAUGAUUUGUGUAGGUGUUUUUGUUUUCAACCUGAUUCAGUGGACACCGGUUAAAUACCUAGAUUAUGAAUUUCCAUUUUGGGCACACUUAUUUGGAUGGUUUACAGCUCUAACUUCGAUGUUGUGCAUUCCUGGAUAUAUUGUAUAUUUAUGGUUUACAACACCCGGAGAUAGGCAGACCAAAUUCCGACUGUUAAUCAGGAUACAGGACGACGUUAAAACACUCAGAGCAAAAACGCACGCCCAAGUAAUGGGAUGUCCUAUAUAAGAGACAUGAAAAGUACUAUCACUAUCAGAGUCCAAGCUAAUGUCCAUUUGAAUUAUUUGAUUUCUUCCGUUAUGAACUUGCUUCAUACUUACACCGAUUAAUUGAGUUCAUUCGACAAUCGAACCAGUUAUCAGUAUAGUAUGUUUGUAGAUUUAAUUGUAGUAAAAAAGUAUCAACAUAAUCGUAGCACAUACUUGAGAUUGUAAGUAUCUCAAAUAGUGCAAGUGUUUGAAGCAGAUAUCUCAACUGAACGAAAGUCUUAAACUUAAUUAAAACCCCUUUUUCUGUGUAUGAUUACUGAAGUGUAACAAUAUAUUUUAAUGAAUGUUAUAGAUGUUAGUACCAUUUCAGCAAUUUUAAAUGUUAUUUAGCAUAAGCAUGACAUAAUAAUAUAGUUAGUGUAUUAGUAUUAUUAAAGUUACCUCUAGAAGCUGUAAGUUUCGCAUAAAUCUAAGUUAAUUGUAUUUCAUAAGUUCACACACAUUUCACUUUAUAAUUUAAUUACGUAUUGUGACGUCAAUCGAGACUAUUAUUUCAACACGUUUUAGUGUUAGUAAAGUCGUAUCUUAUUUUAGUGUUUAUAUAGAUAUGUAAUUUUUUGUCAAUAUAAGAACAUUUGAUAUGA